AUAAUAAUGAUAAUGAUGAUUACAAUAAUAACAAUAACAACAAUAACAACAAUAACAAUAAAAUAUAACCAAUAACAAUAACAACAAUAAUAAUAAUGAUGAUAAUACGGCCACUAUGAAAAUUCCUAUUUUGUAUUUUACGAAAAUAGCGUGUUAUGAUCAAGGAGUCUCGAGGGCGUACCAGGCUUAUGACAAUCGUCAUAAUUGUUAAUAUCGAGGUUUUUUUUUAAUUCUGAAAAUUUUUAAAUUGAUACCUACCGUUUGCGGUAUUUGAAUCAAAUAUCUUCCCUUGACUAGUUCGUGUGUUAUGCCGUCGCGAAUUGUGCUCAUUCCAAAUUCUUCCCUCUGCACCCCGGAAAAUCCCGACCCCGCCGAAUGUCACCAACAAACUCUCCUGACCUUGGCCCGGACUCGAACGCCGCACUUCCGCAGGGCCAAAGUAUUUGUCGCUCUGCGCCAAACCAGAUGCGUCUUUCCCAUCUAUGUGCUGUGAGGUAUACAUAUAUGUACAUCCAAAAAUAUACGUGCAUAUAUGUGUAUGGGGCACUUCAGGUCAGUUUGACCAGGAUCUGACCAAAUAAUUUUCAAUUUGGUUAAUACAUUUUUUAUACCCAGAAGCAUCUCAGAGCGCGUACAUUUUUUCUUGUUUUUCCUUGCAUGCAAGCAUCAUGAGUUAUGGAUAUUCGAAAUUCAGUUUAGCCAUAGAUAAAUCUAUGGCUUAGCUCAUUCUUUGAAACGCGGAACUUUAUCCAACCGUCCAAUAUAGUUCCAAUGAUUCCAAGGUCAGUUUUAUGAUUCAACAACAUUAUCUCUCAUUCUGUUUUGUUUGUCUGUAUCUUUAACAUUUCGGAUCGUCAAAGUAUUAACUUUUUCCAAAUUUCGGAUCAUUUCUAACACUUAUUUAGAAAUGCACUCGACGUCACACCAGUAAUGUGUUGUAUGUACAUUCUCUAAAUAUUUAAACAUUGAUUUUACAUUAUUAGAAAUGUUUAAAAUCUUCAGGUAAAAAAACCAAACAACUAUUGUAAUGUUUUCAAGAUAAAUAUACAAACAAUGUUUUGCUAAACACAUUACAACGUGAAAACAUUUUUUGAACAAUCAUAAAAAGGAACAUUGUUCGUAAGUUCCUUGCGUAUUUCGAAUGAAACAUGGGCAGAAUGUGUAUUCCGUCUUUUUAAAGCAUUGCCGUGAACUGAAAAAAAAAUUAGAUUGAACGGAGAAAGGUAAUCGUGAUGGCGUAGAUAUGUAUAUUGGGAAUGGUAAUAUACCCAUACGAAGUAAUGGUCAGAAACUGCAGGGGAUAUUGACGGUCGAACUGAGGCGUUUAGAAUUUUAGAAUUUCAGAUCAGAAUAAAUCUAUCAUAGAAUGAUUUUGAUAUUCCGAAAAGACGCGGUGCUGUUUUGGACUUGAAUUUUUAUACAUCAAAAUUUGUUACAUAGUUGAGUACCGUUCGCGUCGAUUUCGAAAAUUUUUUGAGAUUCGAUCGUCAUGAAAUUGAGCGGAAAAUUUCGACUGUGGUCCAAUUUUAUCCUACUUUCUUCUAUUUACGUUAAUUUAUCAGAACCGAUUGCGCACGUAUCUUGGUCAUGAAAAGGUGAAUACGACAGCUACGGAGUGGGUGCAGCACCCAGCCCAGGAAAAAUAUCUUUUCCACCCCUUUCCUACGAUUCUACUUUUUUUUAACUCUCUUCGCUCUCUCUCUCCCUCUUUGUCUCCCUCAUUGAUCUAACUUUGUGGUUCGCCUCGUCGCACUGCUGCUGCCUCUGGCGCCGGUGCCGCUGCUGCUACCACCACCCCUCGCAUGUUUGCGUCUGCUCGUGCAGCGGAAGGUCUGAAACUCUGAGAACUCGGAAACUCCGAAGUUCGAGAGCUCUGUGUGCACUGAAACUACCACCGGUUCAGACGGUGACCUUCGCGGUGCUGCGGAACGAUACGAUACGGCAUGGAACUAAACGGUGUCCGUCAAGGCCGCGUUCCCCCGUCGAUAUUAACUAAUUAUUUAUGAACGCGUUGUAUAAGACGAGAAUAAACGUUGAAUGUAUGUACUGAUGUGAAAUGAAAUUUUUAUCACGAUUCAAAUUUUUGUUCGGAAAUAAAUAGAAACAUUUAAAAAACAAAAGAAAGAAAACGAAUAAUUAAUAUCACGCCCUCGAGAUGACUCGCCCCACGUGCUACUCAUGUGAAAUUUUAUACGUGUGCAGGUUCAACUUUGCGGCUUGAUUGUAUCGAACAAAGCAAAUAUCGACGAAAGUCAUAAUUUAUUGACAUUUCAACGAUUUGAAUCAUUUUCAAGCUUUCACAUCGCAUACAAUUUAUAUUCGGCCGGUGGUUGGAAUUCUUCAUGUUAAAACAUCGUCGAAGUUAUUUACAGGGUAUAAAAAAUAAAUUCACUAUUUUGGGAUUUGAAUCUCGUGCAAAAUUUCAAAUCUUGUGACCCAGAUUUUGGUACUUGUAAAACUAUUCCGAUUUUAGAAUUGUAAAUUAUUUUUAUCUUCGUAUUUUGUUGCGUUAACGUCACGAAAUUCAACCCUACUCGUGAAUCGUUAUCACAUUCAACAAAAAUAGUCGCUGCCAAUUUCGAAUUAUACAUACCACCGAAUAAACAUGUAUCAUGCGCAAUCAUUCCCCCCUCCCGUCCACUGUUGAUACGUGAUUUAAUAUUUUUAUCUCCACCAAACAUAACGAGACCUCGUGUACAUAUUGUUCUUCUGUUACAUUUGCGUGAUUACUGCCGCAGUGUAACGCCAAAAGUAACCCAAACGAUAUCGCCUGAUUUCCAUUGUUGUUGCUACUGCUGUUGUUGCUUAUGUGACUGUUGGCGCUGUGAAUACUAACAAGGAAGAAGUAAAAGAAAAAAUAAAUAAACAAACAACGUAGAAAAAAAAAAACGAAAAUUUCAUAAUCACAAAACAUAAAGAAUAUGAAAGACAAGUGCGGUAUUCGUGAUUCUGCACAUCGUUCAUCGUACCGUAGUUUCGAUGAUCAAUCGCAAUUUUUAAUUCAACGAGGACAAUCUGCGACCUUCGAUUAUUUGCAACAAUUAAUUAUUUACGUUUAUGAAAUUUAUUUCUGAUCAUAGACGUUUAAUAUUGACGUAUAUGAAAAUUAAAUUGGAUAAAAAAAAGAAGGAAAAAUGAAUCGCUAGGGACUCGAGAAAGUGAAGUGGCUAACCACCCCGACGACCGCAAGCGGAAUAUACUUUAAGGGGAUGGCGUCGAAACGUGACACGGCACUUGUUGCCGGCUCAACAUCGUCGAACUUUGCGGCGGACAAAGGAGGAGGAGGAGGAGGCGUCGGUGGUGGUGUUGAUCGCGGAAACAGUGGCGUGGUGAGCGGCUGUGGGGUAACAUCCGGUUAUCGUCCUGGUCAAGGAAUGCGAGGUCGUAGUGGCGUUGGUCGCGAUGCCAUCAGAAGAAGCCGCGAAUUUGGAUAUUAUCCGAUGGACGAACACCCUGCGCACUCUUACAGGACUCAUUUGUUCCUCUCUCCCCCCGCGGUUGGUACCUCCAUAGAAGACAGUGGUCCCCAAUUGGGCCCCACUACCCGUAGAAAUUCGGGACCGGUCAUAAAGUGGGGGGCUGGCGCAGUGGGGGGAGGCGUUGGGGGAGCGGGAAAUACGGGGGGAAGUGCACUAGGUGGGGUUGGAAGUGGUGGGGGUAACGCAAAACGGAAGCAGAACGGCAACCACCGGCGAGAUCCUUCGGGAACAUCGACGCCAUCAGCCUCCAGGCAGGUGUCUUUUAGCUCUGGAAGUCCUCCGAGUGCCGUGGGAACUUAUACACCUCUUGUGGUUUCUGGGAAUACUCAGAUAUCGUCGGGAGAACCGAGGACCUUAGCUACAUUGGACAGGGACUGUUUCAUCAUUCCUUUAGCAUCGUUGGAUCAUUUUCUUCCAGCAGGAGUACCGCUAGCGCCGAUCGUAGACAGAAAGAAGACGAGCAGUCCGUUAUCAGUUUUGGAAGUUGAAGACCCGAAACAAUGCGUGUUAGCGCAUCUCAUGAGUCCCCUCGAACCCCUUGACCCUCUUAUGGAAUCACCAUUAGCCUGCCCACUCGUUCUUCAAAGGGAUACAGCGGCAGAAUUAGUAGCAGAACUCGCGCCAACUGCUGCUCAAAGCAUUCUACUUGUCAACAUGGAAAGAAACGCGGAGUUUCCCUUCAUCUCCUACUAUUUCAUAAACAAGCAAACGAGAGACCCAGCCGAGUUUUAUCAGGAGGCACAGUGCCGUGCACUUCAAAAAUUCGAUCCACGCGAAUUGAAAUACGCCGCAAGCCACACUUUGGACAUAUUCAACGAAGUUGCAACGAUCGCUCGACCACCUCUAGAGCCUCCCGGAGGUCGACCUCCUCUUGCAACAACCGGAUACAUCGUAUCAAUUUUCAAGGUCUUCGAAGGUGACGAUGGUUUGAAGUUCGAACGUAAUUGGCUCUACUGGACGGGGGCAAGAAUGAUUUACCGAUAUCUACCAAAAUCUGUUGGCUUACGGCGUAUAACUCUUCACAAAUCGAUGUCGCACGGCGACAAAAUGUAUAUUUUGAUAUGCGAGUGUUCCCAACUUCAGGACAACUUGUCCGCGGCAGCUAUUUUAUUACCAGCAUUACGUGCCAGACUUUGUGGCUACACCGGACUUUACAGGCCUUCCGUGUGCUUCUGAUUUCCUUUAUUUUCAUUUAAUUCGAUUAUGUAAUUUUCUCUGAGAAAAUCUCGUUCGAAACAAUUACUUACACCGUGUCGCAGAGAACAUGAUAUGAUUAUUUUCGGUUGCACAUUAUAUCAUGUGAUGACUAAUAACUCUCGAGCAAUUUGUAAUGACUAGUUGCCGUUACUUAAAAAAUCUUAGAACAUAAGAAAAAGUAACUAUAAAUAGUUUUUAAAAAAAUUCUUAAAAAAAAUCAAAUAUAACGCAAUUAUAAUAUUCUCAAAUUAAAAAUUCGAAAUUAUAAUUUAUCAAAUUCGAUGUUAUCGAAAAAAGCAAUAUGAAAAAAAAAACAAAGACGUUCUCUGGAUUGAGAAUUAUGUUUUGCAGCAAUCGAUAUACAUAUAGGAGUGUAGGUAUGUGCUGCUUCAAUGAGUCUUUUUCAAAUAACAACAAUAACAAUCAGAAUAAUUAUAUUAUUUAAUUGGAAAACAAAAUUAACGAAUAGAUGAUCUGAAUUUAUCUACACAAUCGACUUGAAAAUUGCUUAGGAAAAUAACAUCGACAUUUUUUUAGAAGCUACGCGCAUGCCAUUAUACAUAUAAAUAAAAAUUUAAAUUAUCCGAGAAAGUAAACCAAAAUAUAUAUUUAUAGGAGAAACAAACUACAAAUUUCUGAUUACAUGAACGAUAUAAUUAUAGGUAAUUAAUUUCGUAGUACAAUGAAAAAUAAAGUGUUCAAGUCACAACAGCUUAAAUUAUGAUGAGGAUGUAUUUAAGAACUAUACGAUAGAAUUGUCAAAUUAUAGCAUAGUAAAAAAACAAAAACAAAAAAUGAAACAAAGGAAAGGAGAAACCAAAAAUAAUUAUUAAACCACAACGCUUGAUAGGAUGAAUCCGAAUGGUUAACAACUAAGGAAUAUCAAAAGUAUUUCAACUGCAGGGUGUCAUCGAAUCUAUAUCUAUUAUGAAGAUAAGAGCAUACCUAAUAUCAUAGAUAUACGAUACAUCUGUGCUAAUAUAUAACAUACAUACUUAUAUUAUACGAAAAAAUGAUAUACAGUUUAUUAAUACGCUAAUAUUAUGAAAACUUAAUAUUAUAUGGACAGUGAUUACAUAUCUUACGAUUCAGAGGGCUGUGAUAUUUACAGAAUGUAUCAUAUGAUUAUAUGCGAUAUAUAGGUAUGUGGGCAAUUUCACAUCCACCCGAUCAAUUGAAAACAGUUAUCUUUUUCGAUUUUUUCAGUGAUUUUUGUUACGAUUGUUUUCGGUCCGAAACACUUCUAUGAGUUAUGAAUGUCUGAAUCAAAAGAGUGCCAUGAUUGCUUUCAAAAAUUCAUAACUCAAAAACGGCUGAACGCAAAAAUUUGAAAAAAAUCGAAGAAGUGUUUCGAACCAAGAACUGCCGUACAAAAAAUCGCUGAAAAAAUCGAAGAGGGUCACUGUUUUUGGCUCAUCGAACUGACGUGGAAUUCCCCGUACAUAAUACUUAUACUUAUACAGUUUUAACGAGUCACGAUGUGAAACAUUAUUAAUACGGAUUCAUGAUGAAAAUAAAUGGAUAACUAGACCA